UAAACCUCUCGCGGAUCUGCCGCGCAGCCGCCAAUCGAUAACGCCGUAGAUAGCAAUCUGUGAAAAGAAAUCGUCCUGCUCGUUUCGGAUGCAAUGCAGCCUCGUCUGUUGACCCGAUCAGCUUGUGCUUCUGGAUGAGAGAACCCUGACCCUCAUGAUUGCCAUCGGUCUCGAGGGCUCGGCCAACAAGCUGGGCGUUGGCCUCAUCUUGCAUCCUGAUAAUGGCGGCCCCGCGCAGGUGCUCUCCAAUAUCCGUCACACGUACGUUUCCCCUCCCGGAGAGGGUUUUCUACCAAAGGAUACCGCUCGACACCACCGGGCAUGGGUGGUCAGACUGGUCAAGCAGGCAAUCAAGCAGGCUGGAGUGAGCAUCGACGAUGUCGACUGCAUUUGCUACACCAAAGGGCCCGGCAUGGGUGCCCCGCUCCAAAGUGUCGCUGUGGCGGCUAGAAUGCUCAGUCUGCUGUGGGGGAAGGAAUUAGUCGGAGUGAACCAUUGUGUUGGCCACAUCGAGAUGGGACGGCUCAUCACCGGCGCCCCGAACCCAAUUGUCCUUUAUGUCUCUGGAGGUAACACCCAGGUGAUUGCCUACAGUUCCCAGCGUUAUCGGAUCUUUGGUGAGACGCUGGACAUUGCGGUGGGUAACUGCCUGGAUCGGUUCGCACGCACAUUACACAUCUCCAACGACCCCGCGCCGGGGUAUAACAUCGAGCAACUGGCCAAGAAGGGCAAGCGACUCGUUGAUCUACCAUAUGCCGUCAAGGGCAUGGACUGCUCGUUCUCUGGUAUCUUAGCGGCUGUCGAUGCAUUGGCAGCAAGUUGGGGACUAGCCGGAGAGGAGAAGGAAGGCGAGAAAAUCCCUACUAUAGACGCGGAGGGAAACCCGCUCCCGACGCGCGCAGAUCUCUGCUUCUCUCUCCAGGAAACCAUUUUCGCAAUGCUGGUUGAAAUCACAGAACGUGCCAUGGCGCAUGUGGGGUCGAAGGAAGUUCUCAUUGUCGGUGGUGUCGGUUCCAACGAGCGUCUACAGGAAAUGAUGGGCACUAUGGCCCGAGACCGUGGUGGUAGUGUUUAUGCCACAGAUGAACGCUUCUGUAUCGAUAACGGCAUCAUGAUCGCGCAAGCUGGUAUACUCGCCUAUAAGACGGGCUUCCGCACGGCCCUCGAAGACUCGACGUGCACGCAGCGAUUCCGGACUGAUGAUGUUUUCGUGAAGUGGAGAGAAGAUUAGUAUCUAUUCUCUCUCUCUCUCUCUCAACUAUUACGAUAUUUGUUCUUUUGAAGAUCUAAUUAAGGUACUACUAUGCACCUAAAAAGCUUCUGAUAUUUUACGUUCUGGACGGUGAGGGUCUCAGUCUUGUCUUUUUCGUAUACAUAGAUAAAUGGAAUUCUCGGAUGAGAUAUGAUCCAAAAAAGCAAUCACAACAUGCUAUUGACUACAGAGUCGUACAUCAACUUAAAUUGCCUAAUCUGGUUAUUCUUCGAUAGCUUGGACAAAGGACUACACUUGGAUUUAUUCCAUUUCUUCCAAGGACCAUAUCAUGAAAGCCUUGGUUUGUAGCAAGGUUAUUCUAACAUAACAAACAUGACCCAUCUCACCGGCAACAAUAGUCGGUCCGAACGUUAACAUGGUUAGAGAGGCGCUAUGCUGUGAUCAUACAUAAAGCACGCGUCCCGUUCUUUUUAUUGGCUUAAUCGAGCCAAUGGCCAAGGGAAGCUGCUUGAGCG